CAUGGGCUUUGUCUUGUGGAAGCAUAUACCUGCUUUGCUUCUUCCCAACUUGAGCUGAAAACUACUUGGUUUCUCUGGUUUGAGCAAUAGUAGAGAUAUUAUUAGGUGGUAAAAUGGGUCUGUCGAACUUUCCGGGCGCAUCGGAGGGCGUGCUACCGGUGCUGGUAAUGAACACGGUGCUGUCGGUGGCGCUACUCAAGAACAUGGUGAGAUCCGUGUUCCAAGUAAUGAGUGGCGCCAAUGUAGUGGCUUCUCAGACCCUAGAGGAGGACGCAGAUGAGUACCCGGAAGUUGCGAGAGAGAGAAGAAUCUCGGUGGCCCGGUACAGGUCGCUGUGCCACAAGAAAAGCAAGAGAGGAGGGAGAUUGGCUAUGGCGGAGUGUUGCGUGUGUCUGUGUGGGUUUGAAGCGGAGCAAGAGGUUAGUGAAUUGUCUUGUAAGCAUUUCUUCCACAAAGGUUGCUUGGAGAAAUGGUUCGACAACGACCGCACCACUUGCCCUCUUUGCCGCUCUGUUUGCUAAUAUAGAUGAACAAGAACAAGGCUCCGUUUUUUUUUUUUACCGAAUUAAGCUGAGGUUUUUGGAGUCCUAGCUAGUUAAAAGUUUAAACUGUUCCUCCACUGUACCCUUUUGUUUUGUUUUUUUUUUUUUUUUUUCUGUUGCUUUUUUUAGCAGGAUUAAUAGAGAGACGUCUUUUGACAAUGUUGCUUCGGUUUUGUUUUGUGUGUACAAAUUGAGAAGAUGAACAAUAAAGGAAAGUUUCUACUUGUAUGGUUU